CUGCCUCCUCCGGCUCUGGUUCUCAGUCGAAGUCCGGCCGCUGAGUGUCUGAGUCCGUUUCGGCGUACGGCGGAUCUCCUAGAGCCAUGCCCGAAGUCGUGGAUACCUGUUCUUUGGCCUCUCCGGCCUCAGUCUGCCGGACCAAGCACCUGCACCUGCGCUGCAGCGUCGACUUCACUCGCCGGGUGCUGACCGGGACGGCUGCGCUCACGGUCCAGUCUCAGGAGGACAAUCUGCGCAGCCUGAUUUUGGAUACAAAAGACCUUACAAUAGAAAAAGUGGUGAUCAAUGGACAAGAAGUCAAAUACACUAUUGGAGAACGACAAAGUUACAAAGGAUCGCCGAUGGAAAUCUCUCUUCCUAUUGCCCUGAGCAAAAAUCAAGAGGUUGUUAUAGAAAUUUCUUUUGAGACAUCUCCAAAAUCAUCUGCUCUUCAAUGGCUCACUCCUGAACAAACCUCUGGAAAGGAACACCCGUAUCUCUUUAGUCAAUGCCAGGCUAUCCACUGCAGAGCAAUUCUUCCUUGCCAGGACACCCCUUCUGUGAAACUAACCUACACCGCAGAGGUGUCUGUCCCUAAAGAAUUGGUGGCACUUAUGAGUGCUAUUCGUGAUGGAGAAGCACCUGACCCAGAAGACCCAAGCAGGAAAGUAUACAGAUUCAGCCAAAAAGUUCCGAUACCCUGCUACCUGAUUGCUUUAGUUGUUGGAGCAUUAGAAAGCAGGCAAAUUGGCCCAAGAACUUUGGUAUGGUCUGAGAAAGAGCAAGUGGAAAAAUCUGCUUAUGAAUUUUCUGAGACUGAAUCUAUGCUUAAAAUUGCAGAAGAUCUGGGAGGACCGUAUGUAUGGGGACAGUAUGACCUGUUGGUGUUGCCCCCAUCCUUCCCUUACGGUGGCAUGGAGAACCCUUGCCUUACUUUUGUCACUCCUACUCUCCUGGCAGGUGAUAAGUCACUUUCCAAUGUUAUUGCACAUGAAAUAUCUCAUAGCUGGACAGGAAAUCUAGUGACUAACAAAACUUGGGAUCACUUCUGGUUAAACGAAGGACAUACUGUGUAUUUGGAACGCCACAUUUGUGGGCGGUUGUUUGGCGAAAAAUUCAGACAUUUUCAUGCUCUGGGAGGAUGGGGAGAACUGCAGAAUUCGAUAAAAACUUUUGGGGAGACACAUCCUUUCACCAAACUUGUGGUUGAUCUGACAGACGUAGACCCUGAUGUGGCCUAUUCUUCAGUUCCCUAUGAAAAGGGCUUUGCUUUACUCUUUUACCUUGAACAGCUUCUUGGAGGACCAGAGGUUUUCCUAGGAUUCUUAAAGGCUUAUGUUGAGAAAUUUUCCUACAAGAGCAUAACCACUGAUGACUGGAAGAAUUUCCUAUAUUCCCACUUUAAAGAUAAGGUUGAUAUUCUCAAUCAAGUUGAUUGGAAUGCCUGGCUCUACUCCCCUGGCCUGCCUCCUAUAAAACCUAACUAUGAUAUGACUCUGACAAAUGCUUGUAUUGCCUUAAGUCAAAGAUGGAUUACUGCCAAAGAAGAGGAUUUAAAUUCAUUCAAUGCCACAGACUUGAAAGAUCUCUCGUCUCAUCAGUUGAAUGAGUUUUUAGCACAGAUGCUCCAGAGAGCACCUCUUCCAUUGGGGCACAUAAAGCGAAUGCAAGAGGUGUACAACUUCAAUGCCAUUAACAAUUCUGAAAUACAAUUCAGAUGGUUACGGCUCUGCAUUCAAUCGAAAUGGGAGGAAGCAAUUCCUUUGGCUCUAAAAAUGGCAACUGAACAAGGAAGAAUGAAGUUUACACGACCCUUAUUCAAGGAUCUUGCUGCCUUUGACAAGUCCCACGAUCACGCUAUCCGGACCUACCAGGAGCACAAGGCAAGCAUGCACCCUGUGACUGCCAUGCUGGUGGGCAAAGAUUUGAAAGUGGAUUAAGGAUCUGCCUGUUACUGAUUUCUGAAAUUCCCUUUUUUAAAAUUGAAUUCAUGAAGAAAUUCAAAGCUUCAGCUCAUGUUGUAAUUAAAAAUGUCUUUUUA